AUGCCUUCUAUUGCCCUUCUUGCCCUCCUGGGUACUGUGGCUUCUGCAGCCAAAGUCUGCACCAAUGUCACUGUUCCAGUAUACAUCAACGCAAGACAGGCUGUCUUCGAUGUCCCUACCUUGGAGUCAAACCUCGAUGCAGUCAAGUUCUCUCUUGACUUCACUAACAUUGGCAUGAAUUACACCGACGUUGUCACUACAGGAUUCCAGACCGUCACUGGAAACUACAACAUCAGCGCCAAAUACUGCAAACCUCAAGGCGACAACGUGGCCAACCCUGUUGUUCAGGUCUUGACCCACGGCAUUGGCUUCGACAAGAGCUACUGGGAUUUGUCCUACAACAACUACAACUACUCUUACAUUGAUGUUGCCGUUGCCGCUGGCUAUCACACUGUCUCAAUCGAUAGAUUCGGCAUUGGCAACUCUUCUCACGCUGACNNCCCCCUCAACAUUGUUCAAGCCCCUGCUGAGGUUUCUGCUCUAUAUGAGAUCACUUCCAUGCUCCGCAAUGGCACGUUCCCCCAGGUGAGCCAGAAGUUCGGCAAGGUAGUACACGGUAAUUACCUCUUGACUGCUCUCUACCCUGGUUCAUCUGACGGUGUCGCCCUCACCGGCUUCUCAAUGAACGCUACCUGGCUUGCUCAAACUCUUGCGGACUGGAAUCUGCACCUCGCUCGUCUCAACCAGCCUCUACGCUUCGGCGAUCAAUCUGUCUCUCGCACCAAGACUAACGUUGCCUGGCUCGGCCAGAAUGUCAUCUCGAUCCUUCAGUCUGCUCUCAACGCUGUUGGUAUCGACCUUUCGAGCUCUGAUAUCUGGCAGGAAAUCGCUACCACUGAAGUUGGUGAUAUCAUCAACGGCUGGAAUGCUACCGUAGCCCCUGUUGCACAGAAUCUGCCCACCGGAUAUCUCACCUGGAGCGAUUUGACAAGCAACAUCUUCGCGUUCCUUUACCCCGGUUACUUCGAUGUUGGUGCCGCUGUCUAUGCUGAAAGCACUAAGCAACCUGUCACUCUUGGAGAAGUGUUCACUCUUGGAAAUGGUGCUCCUGCUACCUCUCCCCUCACUGGUCCUGCUCUCGUCUUGACUGGUCGCCAGGACACAAUUUACUGUGGAGGUACAGAGUUCUCGAUGUUUCUUUCUCAGAAAUAUGCUAACUUGACUUGCNNAGGUGACUGUCUCGCCACUGGCGGUGCUGCUGCUAGCAUUCCUGCUGGAGUCGCUGCAGCAUUCCCUAAUGUCAGCAAGUUUGAGGCCUACAUCCACCCGAACACUGGCCACGGCAUCAAUUUCCACUACAAUGGUAAGUUGUCUCAGAUGCACGAACGUUUCAAUGCGUGGGAUGACAAGAUGCUAACGUUUCUUCUGUUUCANGCUACUGGUGCCUACAAUGUCAUUCAAAACUUCUUUGCCUCCAACGGCCUCCAGAGCUCAUAG